AUGAAGGAAAGAAUUACAAAAGCGGCAAGGAGGGUGUGGAAGAACGUUCGGAAGGGGAUUCGAGGGGUGAUGCACAACAUAAAGUUAAAGCAGAAUGAAGAGAAACCAAAGAAAAAUGAUAUCAGAGGUUACAACAGAAAAACACCGAAUUGCCUCCAAACAAAUUUUGAUGUAAUGUAUGGUGUACUUGUGAAUGAAGAGGAGGACAAACCAUAUAGCGGCUUCAUGGAUCCUGUUGGAGUUCAAAGAAUACAUGAUGAUUAUCUGGAUCCAGAUUACUUGGCUGCUCUUGAAGAGCUACUUCCAUGGGAAGGUGUGAACUUUCCUGGAAGAAUUAUUUUAGAUCCUUUUGAUAUAGAGGAUGAUUUUGAGGACAUCUGGUGCGAAGAAUCUGACACCACACCAUUAAGCAGCUAUUUCGUUGAUAAACCAGUAUACUAA